AUGGUGGUAGCCAGAGUGAAGAACUAUAAAAGAUCAGACUUCCCAGCAGACUUUGUUUUUGGCGCUGGCGCUUCUGCAUAUCAAGUAGAGGGGGCAGCUCUUGAAGAUGGAAGGACUCCUAGCAUUUGGGAUACCUUUGUCCAUGCCAAUAAAGGGUUUUUUAAUGGAGACACAGGAGACGUAGCAUGUGAUCAAUAUCACAAAUACAAGGAAGAUGUCCAACACAUGGUUGACAUAGGUUUGGAGGCUUACAGAUUCUCUAUUUCCUGGUCAAGACUUAUUCCUAAUGGAAGAGGCCAUGUCAACCCCAAAGGCUUAGAAUAUUACAACAAUCUCAUCAAUGAACUUCUCAUGCAUGGAAUUCAGCCACACGUCACGCUCUUUCACUUUGAUGCCCCUCAAGUUCUUGAAGAUGAAUAUGGGGGAUGGCUCAGCCAAAAAAUGGUGAAAGACUUUACUGCCUAUGCUGAUGUAUGCUUCAAGGAAUUUGGAGACAGGGUUUUGCAUUGGACUACCUUAAAUGAGGCCAAUAUGAUUGCCAUUGCUGGUUAUGAUACUGGAAUUAUUCCCCCAGGGCGCUGCUCUCGGCCUUUUGGACUGAUGUGUACUGAGGGCAAUUCGUCAAUUGAGCCAUACAUUGCUGGUCAUAACUUGUUGCUGGCACAUUCAUCUGCCGUGAAACUAUAUUACAGAAAGUAUAAGGCCAUUCAACAUGGUUUUGUGGGACUAAACAUCUUUGCUCCUUGGUUUUCUCCAUAUUCUAAUACUACUGAAGAUGUAUUUGCAACUCAAAGAGCAUUUGAUUUUUAUUUUGGUUGGUUCCUCCAUUCAUUGGUGUUUGGAGACUAUCCUGACAUUGUAAAGAAGAAUGCUGGCAAGAGGAUUCCAGCAUUUACUCCCCGCGAAUCUAAGCUAAUUAAGGGCUCAUUUGACUUUAUAGCGCUGAAUUAUUAUUUCACAUUCUAUGUCAGGGACAAUCCUGGCAGCCUUACUAUGAAUAUCAGGGACAUGACUGCUGAUAUGGCGCUAAAACUUGUGUACGGACUUAACGCACCAUCGAAUCAGAAUGUACUUGAAUCAUCCGAUCUUUUUCCCCUUCUGGAGUAUAUCAAGAAAGUUUAUGCCAACCCACCUAUUUACGUCCAAGAAAAUGGUAAAUCAACCAAGCGCAAUGGAACACUAAUCGACACGCCAAGGGUGAAAUACAUGCGUUCAUGUAUCGGGACCUUGCUUGAUGCUAUAAAAAACGGAUCGAACACAAAAGGCUACUUUGUAUGGUCUUUCAUGGAUGGCUUAGAGUUUCUGGGAGGCUAUCAGACAGCUUAUGGCCUGUACUACGUCGAUUUGGAUGACAAGCAAUUGAGAAGAUACCCAAAGCUCUCUGCACAUUGGUACUCCAAUUUCCUCAAGGGAAGAGGCAUCAGGCCAGAUGAGAUUAUUGUAGUUGAAAACAAUACCUUUAAUCCUUCAACUUCAGAAGCAUCUGAUCACUAA